GGAAGUUAUUCGAGUUCACGUGUGACGUUUUCCGGGGUCCCGUGCUUCUCACUGGCUGUCGGUGAGGGGAAUGUCAGCAUCUGCCGGGCGGGAAGUCUCUGCUUGUUUGUGGACAACAUGGAGAGGACACAUGCGGAUAUGUCCCCAGUUAUUCGGGAUACUGAAAUCUCCAGAACAGCUCGGCGCCAAAGUUCUCAUCAAAGAUUAUCCUCUAAUGACAGCUGGAGUGGAUCUAAUCCAGUAAGAACCUCUAUUAGUUCUAGGACUCCUGCCUCUAUUCUGCGACAGAACAUGACUCCACAGCCCUGGAAUACGGCUAGGCCACCCGAUGUGUCUGCAAUUAUGGGUUCAGCCGGCAGAUCCCCACUACUCCAGACUCCUGGGCGCUUGCUGGAUAUUUCUGCGCUGCCUAAUCUGGAUGAGAGUGCAUACACAGCUUCAUUUUCCCCUCAGCGAACUGGUGUUUUUACAACUUUUGAUAGUCCUAGCUUUACAGAAGACAUCACACUCAGUGCAGUCAUGAUGAGAGAAGAAGAUCCAGGAGAGGCUGCAACAAUGAGUCUUUAUCAGGAAUUUUUGAAGUCCUUUCAGAAGCUUCCUUCCAGUGCAGUUUUCGAUCUUGUGGGAGAAUAUGAAAAUAUGUGCAGUGAACAGGUCAGCCUUCUGAAAAAGAUUGCCAAUCGCGUCACUCCAGGGCAGCAAAAGUUUUCUAAAACUGCCAGUGUGUUAUGGCUACUUCGACAAGAAAUGGUAACUUGGAGGUUAAUUGCAUCUCUAUACAGAGACAGAAUACAGUCUGCAUUAGAAGAUGAAAAUAUGUUUGAGAUUGUGGCACCAAAUGCAAGUGAAAAAAUGAUUAUGGACAAACUAUUUGAACGGGAUUCACUUGUAAGACAGAGCCAGUUAGUAGUAGACUGGCUGGAAAGCAUUGCCAAGGAUGAUGUCGGGGAUUUCUCUGAGAACAUUGAGUUUUAUGCUAAAGCAGUAUACUGGGAAAAUACCCUGCACACAUUGAAACAGAAAAGUUUCUCAGUAUUGGGAAGCAAGCGACCAUUGGUCACAGAACUGGAUCCUGAUGCCCCCAUAAGACAGAAACUUCCCUUGGAUGAUCUUGAUCGGGAAGAUGAUAUCAGACUUCUGAAAUAUCUCUUCACUUUGAUCAGAGCUGGCAUGACGGAUGAGGCACAGCGAUUGUGUAAAAGAUGUGGUCAAGCCUGGAGGGCGGCAACAUUGGAGGGAUGGAAACUUUAUCAUGACCCCAACAUAACCAAAGGUGGAGAAUUGCAACAAGUAGAGGGUAAUCCAUAUCGUUGUGUGUGGAAAACUUGCUGCUGGCGUAUGGCUGAUGAUGAGCAGUUCAGCAGAUAUGAAAGAGCAAUUUAUGCCACCCUAAGUGGAAACCUAAAGCAGUUGCUUCCUGUUUGUGAAACUUGGGAAGACACAGUUUGGGCACAUUUCCGAGUAAUGGUAGACAGCCUGGUUGAACAAGAGAUCCGAGCAUCUUUUAUCUCCUCAACAGAAGAGGAUGAAUUGCCCAGGGAAUACUUGGAAGCAAACUGGACAUUAGAGAGGGUAUUUGAGGAACUGCAAGCUACUGAUAAGAAGAGAGUGUUGGAGGAAAAUAAAGAGCAUUACCAUAUUAUUCAGAAGUAUAUAAUUCUGGGAGAUGUGGAUGGUUUAAUGGAUGAGUUCAGUGAAUGGCUGUCAAAAGGAAAAAAUCUGCUACUUGGUCACCUUCUGCGUUUCAUGACCCACCUCAUAUUAUUCUUCCGAACUCUAGGACUCCAAACCAAGGAGGAAGUAUCAGUGGAGGUACUGAAGACUUACAUACAGAAACUUGUGAAUGAGAAGCAAGUUAGUCUGAUUGCUUUCUAUGUCAGCCACCUUCCACAAGAUCUAGGCAUCACACAAUAUGCAGCAUUUCUAGAAAAUGUGACUGAACCAGAACAGCGCCAUCAGUGUCUGGAGCUGGCAAAGGAAGCAGGUUUGGAUGUUGCAACAAUUACUAAGAGAGUGGUAGAAAACACACGAAGAAAAAAUGGAGGGGAAUUUUCUCAUCAUGACUUUACACCAGCUCUGGAUUCUGGCACAAAUGAGGAGGACAGAGCAAAGAUUGAUGUGAUAGACUGGCUGGUUUUUGAUCCUUCACAAAGGGCUGAAGCUCUAAAACAAAGCAAUGCCAUCAUGCGGACGUUUCUGGCCACAAAGAAGCAUGAAGCUGCAAAAGACGUAUUUGGCAAGAUACCACAGGAUUCAAUAGCAGAGAUCUACUCUCAAUGGGAGGAGCAAGGGAUGGACAGUGCUCUACCAGCUGAGGAUGACAAUGCUAUCCGGGAGCAUUUGUGUAUAAGAGCGUACUUGGAAGCACAUGAAGCAUUCAAUGAGUGGUUCAAGCAUAUGAGUUCUCCACCUCAGAAACCAGGACUAGUUGAACAUGCUUCCUUUACAGAGAAAGUAGCUUAUGAGCACAGAGAAAAGAAGUAUGAGAUGGAUUUUAGUACCUGGAAGAAUCAUCUAGAUGUGUUAACAGUUGAUGUAAAAGAGAAAAUUUACAAUGUUUUGCUGUUUGUCGAUGGAGGCUGGAUGGUGGAUGUAAGAGAUGAUGCAGAAGAAGAUCCCGAACGUAAACACCAGAUGGAACUGCUACGGAGUCUUUGUUUGCCCAUGAUGUGUUUCUUGCUGCACACAGUGCUACAUAAUACAGAACAGUACCAGGAUUGCCUCCGCCUGGCUGAUGUAAUAUCAUCUGAAAAUCAGAAGCUGUACAAGGUAUUCUCCAAGUCCGAACUAAAGAAACUCCUGCAAAAACUAAGAGAAUCAUCCCUUAUGUUGUUGGAUUUACAGCUUGAUCCCUUGGGUUAUGAAAAUCAGCCCUAAAAUUAUUUGAAAAACUGGUUAAGUUUGUAUUUUUGUAUUAAAAACAUAAAUAAUAAAGAUAGUUCUGUGA